CGGCUGGCUCCAUAACUAGCAGGUGUCCAGAGCAGGCGGUAGUGUAGCCGGCGAUUCCUCGCAACAUUUGAAUCAUUCACUACAGGAAAUGUUUUCAAAGAAGGAAUAAAGAAUAAAAAUUCUUCUCCUCGAAGAUUUACAAAUGAUUAUUGAGCAACUGCAUAGCAAAAAGCUAUUAUUUGUUCCUUGUACUUCCUUUUAGAUUAUACAUCACCUACUAAACUGUCAAGAAUUCGUCAGUCUGUUGAUUUAGAGAUGACCGUUGACAGCAGAAAAGAUAUCAUUUUUUAUUUUCUUAGAAGCUGAUUCGACACUGAUAGAUGAAAUUUCGUCUCUCAUUCAGUCAAAAAAUUAAUAACAAAAACUCUUGAAAUGAAACAGUCACGAACGGCAAUUGUUUUAUCGUAAUUUUGCCCUGAAUCCCAAGAUAGCUUUUUGUAGCGCGAAAAAUAUGAAGUUUGACAUCUUUGCUCUAGUUUGAUUUUAAUGAAUUAUUUAUUACUUUUUUUUAGUUCUGACAACUAUGUCUGAGACAUAUGUUCUAUACAAGACAUGUUUUAUACUUUCUUAAGAGAAUUAAAUGCUACUCAAAACCAGUCUACUUGUCGUCACAUCAUCAUCAUACAGUCCAUCAAAUUCCACCCUUUUAUAUGAAGGAUUUGAAGGAAUGUGUCUGGCAAAAUAUACCUUUUUUGUCCUAAUUUUGAGUGUUAAUAAGUUAAUUGUUUCAAAAGAAUCCGUUUGAUUGUUUAUUUUGCUAUCUUUUCUAAUGAACUGUGACACUUUCACGGUAAUGGACAGUCGCACAAAGUAAAAGUUUGUAAAUUCAUAUUCGCAAUGGCUAUCUCACCAACUGCCAAUGGGUCAGCUCCUAGACCCAUGACAUUGGCACCACCGUCGAUGGGCAGACCAAGGAAAUACAGUUUACCAGUCGUCUUCCCACGACCAUCACUCUCUGUUUACGCAGCAGCAGCGGAGACUACAAAAGAAUCCAUUUCUCGUCGUAGAAAAUUCAGUCAAGUGGGACAGGUAGUCGGCCAUCGCCUGUCCACGACUAUUGGAUGGCGAAGUCCUAUCUCACAGCAAGAUGUAGUCAAUCAGGCGAAGAGUCUGUGCGGAAGAUAUUUGAGAACUAAACUUCGGUCAUGUUCUGCCGUCCACAAAAAGUUGGGACUCCAAAGGCUGAAGAGCGUCAGCAACUUAGCCUGUGGAUCCAACACGGCAGAAAUUGCUAAUGAGCUCCGGUUGCUGGCCAACGAGCUGGAGAAUUCUCAUCCGAAGCUAUUCCAAAGCGUAGCAUCUAAUCUAGGAUUACAUAGCUUUCCUUCCGAAGCUGUUGUACAUAAUGUGUUCGCUGCUGUUGCCGAAGAGAUAUUCCGAAACGACGUGACCUGGGGUCGUAUCGUUGCUCUCUUUGCCAUGACAGGUGCUCUUGCAAUGGACUGCGUUAAAACCGGACAUCCAGAAUAUGUCCUCGGCCUGGUGCAAAGGAUGGGCAUAUUUGUCGAGAGUGACCUCGCACCCUGGAUUUGUCAACAAGGAGGAUGGGUAAGUAUUUGA